AUGUUUAUUAAAGUUCAAUUCUUCAUCUUCGUUCUAGGGAGCGUGCCUUUCAUAGCACUUGCUGAAGAAGCAAGCUCAGUUCUAGAAGGAGAAGAAAGUGCAAAAAUUGAUUUCAGAGACAGAAAUGACACGGAAUUUGAAGAAUUAACAACCCUGUUGCCUACAAGACUACACAAUGUAACAAAUCUCUUGCAGUUUGGACAACUGAUGACCACAGAAAGUGCAUUUGCUCAACCUGAAGACAGUCAUAAUUCUACUGGUUAUGAAGUUCACCCAGAAAAUGUUGAUGGUGUACCGAGUGGGGAACCAGAGAAAACUGAAAAAGGUGGUCUGGAAACAAUUGCACUGGUUGGAAUAAUUAUUGGAAUCAUAGUUGCAGUUGGAAUUCUUGCUGGAAUAAUAAUUGCUGUUGUAAGGAAGAUGUCAGGCAGGUACUCGUAA